CUUUCGUGGGCUCCUUGCACCGGGGCUGACCAGAGGGCGGAAAUGCCGCCUCCAGCGCCCCCUUUUCCCCUCCCCCAAAGGGCCUAAUGUCCCCUGAGCGAAAGGGGAGGGGCGGGGGGGCAGCAGCCCAAGGAGCACAAAAUGCCCCCCCUCGGCGUGCACCCGGGGGCCUUCUCCCCCUCCCCGCCCCGAAGUUCCUGGGCUGAGCCGGGCAUCUGCUGGGAGGCUGCGGGCUCCCGUUCUCCCGCCGCCCACGCGGGAAGCUCCGCUCUAGGCGGCAUCAGGGCAGGAUCGCGGCGCCCCGCAGGCGAACGAUCCGGGACCCCCGCCCGGGUGAGACCCCGGGAAGCAGGGCGGGAUUGCCCCCGCAGGCUGGUUCGCGUGGAGGCUGCCCGGCAGAGCCCUCUGAGCGCCCCGCCCGCCCCGAAGAUGAAUAAGGCGGCCACGGAGGUCUCCGAGAAUAGCCACCACCUGAAGGUCUUCCUGCCCAAGAAGCUGGUGGAGUGCGUGCCCAAGUGCCCGGCCCUGCCCAAGGAGCGCCUGCGCUGGAACACCAACGAGGAGAUUGCUUCUUACCUGAUCACCUUUGAGAAACAUGAGGAAUGGCUCUCGGGCUCCCCCAAGAGCAGACCCCAGAACGGCUCCCUCAUCCUCUACAACCGCAAGAAGGUGAAAUACCGGAAGGAUGGCUACUGCUGGAAGAAGCGGAAGGAUGGCAAGACUACGCGCGAGGACCACAUGAAGCUGAAGGUCAAAGGGGUGGAGUGUCUCUACGGCUGCUACGUCCAUUCGUCCAUCGUUCCGACAUUCCACCGGCGCUGCUAUUGGCUACUCCAGAACCCGGAUAUUGUCCUGGUCCACUACCUGAACGUGCCGGCCAUCGAAGACUGCGGGAAGAUCUGCAGCCCCAUCCUGUGCUCCAUCAACAGUGACCGCAAGGAGUGGCUGAAGUGGUCGAAGGAAGAGCUGGUUGGGCAGCUGAAACCCAUGUUUCACGGGAUCAAGUGGACGUGCAGCAACGGGAGCAGCACCGCCGACUUCUCCGUGGAGCAGCUGGUGCAGCAGAUCCUGGAAAGCCACCAGGCCAAGCCGCCCCCCCGGACACACGCCUGCCUCUGCAGCAGCAGCCUCGGGAGUCCCGGCCACGUCCCGCACAAAUGCAACAGCAUUAAGCACCGGAUCAUCUCCCCCAAGGUGGACGUCCGUCCUUGCCCCUUCCCGGCCCUGACAGAAGUACAGAACAUCUCGGGCAGCCCCGAGGCCAGAGCUGAGGCUGACCUGGCCAAGGGGCCUCUCCUGGACAGCAAAGGCCCCAAGCCGGCCAAGACCAGCUCCCCCACCAUGGCCGAUGCCAUCCCCGACUCCACACAGCCGUCCCCUGCUCUGGCCCGGCCCGGCAGCUUCCCCAAACAGGAGCGGCCCCCGGGCACCCUGUCCGUCAGCCUGCCCGGCAGCACCAUCUUCGUCAUGGCUGGCCCGAGCGGGGCUGAGAAGCCGCUGGCCCUGACCCCCAGCCAGCACCUGGUCUCCGGAGAGGGGGGAGUGGCCCCCACAGCACCUCUCGGCCUGGCUGUCCUGCCCGGCCUGGUCCUCUCGCAGAGCCUGGAGUCCGCCAUGGAGACCAAUGAGGGGGCCUCGGACGCCUUCGACCCGGACCGCUUCCUGAACAGCCCCAAGCAAGGACAGACGUACGGGGGCGGCCCGGGCCUUCAAACCGAGCCAGAACCCACUGAUAAUGCCCCGGCCUCAGGCUACUCGCUCUACGUCUCCACCAAUCGCUUCUUCAUCCAGGAUGACGGGGCCAGGCAGGGGCCCACACCCGUCUCGGCCAGCCCCACGGUGGUGGCAGCGGAAGCCAAGAGCAGCACAGAUGCACCCAUGGAGACGGCGGGCGAAGGGGACUCCCGGGCCGAGGUGCUGCCGGGGGAAGUGGGCGGAGAGGCCGGGGGGGUGCCGGAGAUCUCUCCCAAGGAGCUGCAGGAGGAGCUGUACUCGGUCAUCCAGAGAGUGGCUGCAGCGGCCGCGGGAGGCCCCUUCGGCCUGUCCUUCGACAGCCAUUUCCCAGACCUCAUUAGCGAGCUGAUGACGGAGGGCACAGUGGCAGAUGGUGCAGGCAGCCCAAACGGCCCCAGUCCUGGGUCGGAGAGCCCAGAGCCGGUUCUGCCGGAGCCCCUGGCUGAGCCUUGCUACGCGGCGGAGGCCGUCUUGGGGCGCUCCGCUCAGCCCUUGGUCUCCAUCACCGACUUCUCACCUGAGUGGUCCUACCCGGAGGGGGGCGUCAAGGUGCUGAUCACCGGCCCCUGGAUGGAUGAAUCAGAGUCCUACAGCUGCCUCUUCGACCAGAUCUCGGUCCCUGCUGCGCUCAUCCAGUCUGGGGUGCUGCGCUGCUACUGCCCAGCCCACGAGGCGGGCCUGGUGCCACUGCAAGUCGCUCAGGACUCCUGCCUGCUCUCCCCCUCCGUCCUGUUCGAGUACCGGGCGCGGAACUUCCUGGCGCUGCCCAGCACCCAGCUGGACUGGCUCUCCUUGGACGGUGAGUGGGGGAUGCGCCCCCCCCGCCCAGCCGCAGGCAGGGGACCCGGUGGGCUUUUUCCCUGCAGGGCUCCCACACCCCAUACAGGUGGUAGCCCUCCGCUUACAACUGUUCCUUUUAAUGACUGCUCAAAGUCACAGUGACAGUGAAAAAAGUGACUUCUGGCCAUUUCCCACUCUUACGACCGUUGCAGCGUCUCUGGUCACGUGAUCCAAAGUCAGACUUCUUUUCUCAGAUGGCCCAGAGUUAUGACAAUUGCCGUAUCCUCGGAUUAUGUGAGCUCCCUUUCCAGCCGUCGGACAGACGAAGCCAAUGGGGAAGCCAGACUCACUUAACAACCGGGUUGCUAGCUUAACAACUUCAGCGAUUCCCUUAACAACCGGGGCAAGAAAAGUCGUAAAAGGGGGCAAACCUCAUUUAGCAACUGUCUCGCUUAGCAACAGAAAUUUGUUGCUUCUUUGCGGCCGUACGUUGAGGACUGCCUGUGGAGCCAUAGAAUCUCAGGGCCAAAAGGGACCUCGGGGGUCUUUGCGUUGCCCCUCGGAGCCCACGGCGGGCACUGCCCCAUGGCCAGGCUGAGGUCCAGGGCUCCGGAGGGUUGUUUGUGUCGGAAAAAGCCGCGCUGGGCCUGGCCUGGGUGUCGCCUUACGCGGAUAUUCCUGGCAUGUGCAACGGAAAGGCUGGGAGGGGCCAGGAGUUUCCAUGACGGGCUGCGCUGGCCCCACAGCUCCCCUCUGGGGAGGGUGAGGCCAGGCCGCCCCCUCCUCCUCCCUCGACCCUCCCCUGCCCCAGAGCCCCUCACCCUGCUCAGCAGAUGCCCAGGGCUGGGUGGGCACCCACAUCUACUGCUCCCCCUCAGUGCAUCGGAGUAGCCCCCCCCCGCUUCAGUCCCAGGGGGGGCAGCUGACCCAUCCCCCCUGCCCUGGCUGAAUCCCCUCUCC